CGACCGGCAGUGCUAUCCGUCCCCUCCCAACGUUCCACUUUCGAAUGGCCGUGAAGUACGGAUUCCACGACGAGGACCGGAGGCAAAGCAAAAAGUGGUGUUCUUUUUAUCACUGUAAGACACUCUAACCGCUUGAUGAGAUCUAUAUUGAUCACGGGCUGUAACCGAGGACUCGGUCUCGGUUUAGUGAAACAUCUUGCGGAGUCGGUGAGACCGCCGGAUAAGAUUUUCGCGACACGUCGGACGGUUAACAAAGCUUCGGAAUUACAGGGAUUGGCAGAUAAAUGGAAAAAUAUCCGAAUCCUACAGUUAGAUGUUAAGGACACACAAAGCUAUGAAAAGGUGGUGGAGGAGGUCUCAAAGGAGGUUGGAGAUGCGGGUUUGAACGUCUUGGUGAACAACGCUGGGAUUGCCACUAAAUUCUCUCGCCUCGGGCUUGUAAAAGAAGAACAAUUGACCGAAUGCUUUCUGGUUAACACUGUUGCUCCGAUUUUACUGACGAAGGCAUUUUUGCCGCUUCUCAAACAGGCAGCUUCUAAUAAAGAGACUGAAGACUUGAGCGUCGAACGUGCAGCAGUCAUAAACAUGUCCUCGAUUCUUGGCAGCAUCGGUGAAAAUACUCAGGGUGGAUAUUACGCAUACCGGUGUAGCAAGUCCGCACUGAAUGCAGCAACCAAGUCAAUGAGCAUGGAUUUACAAAGUGACGGAAUUCUUGUGGCGUCUCUUCAUCCUGGAUGGGUGAAAACUGACAUGGGUACACAAAAUGCACCUAUGGACAUUGAUACCAGUAUAAAAGCAAUUCUAUCUACCCUGCAAACGCUCAACAAAAGUCACACCGGAUCGUUCCUACAGUAUGACGGCAAAACUCUGCCCUGGUAAUUGAUAGUCCACCUCUGCCAUGAUUAUAAACCAGAGUGAGAUAUGUAAGAUGGCAACAUUCUGUUAAAGGCGUUGGCUCGCUGUUCUGCGAAUUUGAAUCUUCAGAGAAACCAAGAUGUGCGGAGAAAUCUGUCAGUCCCUGUUAGACCCUGCUUUGUUUACGAUGCUGAGUUCUCCGAGUGUUCAAGCUUCCGAGGUAGAUUCCAGCAGUAUUUCGUCCAUGGUCAAUAUCUCGAUUGCCAGCAGUGGAAAAUUGAUUACAAGAACUGCCAACUGUGGAC